UAAACGACAUGCAGCCCAUUGUCAGAGAGGAGGGCGCUCUAGAGGGUCGUGGGGUUAAGGUUGCGCUUAGCCGCGCUACCGGCAAGUUAAGUCCUCGAGGUACAUAACAACAACGCGUGUGCCGUUCUACCCGCAGGUGACGGUGGCGCUGCCCCGGAUGGUGCUGAAGGAGACGUUCUCGAUGAAGGAGCCCCUUCGCCGCUUCCAGGCCCAGCAGCACUCCGCGGCCGGCGUCGCCGACGGGCUGGCGGCCAACCGCAUCCGAACCCGCGACACCCUCUCGCAGACAAGGAGGGUGGACAUGAACGGCUGCUCCUGCACCUGCCCGUCGGAAGCCGUCCUGAUAGGCACCCGGACGGGCCUGGGGAGCGGCUCGUCGUCAAGACCCGCUCCGGGCGGCCUGGUGGCCGCCGCGACCGGCCAGGACGACCCGCUCGUCUUCAACAUGACCAACGCCUCCAACGACCCGCGAUUCCGCAUCCAGGACAUCGUCCACCAGAUGUUCCUGGAGGUGAACGAGGACGGGACCGAGGCGGCCGCCAGCACCACCACGACCAUCGACUACGCCGCCACACCCGUGUUCCGCGUGGACCGGCCCUUCUCCUUCUUCGUGCGGCACGAGACGACGCUGGCCACACUCUUCUGGGCCACCAUCGUCAACCCGGGCCCCGGCUCCUAGACCCAGGCCCAGGUGCACUCCUGCCGUAGGUUCUGGACGCGGCGUGUGGCCUGGAUGGAUAGGCGUCCUUGGAGUCAGUCAUUCAGCCAGGUCGCCCGACGCCCGACCCGACCUGUCCCGUUCGAACCCAACUCGAGUUUGGGCCGAGCGAGGUCGAGUUGUGUUGUGAUAGCGAGAGAGAUGGCCGAUGUUGCGAGCAGUAUUACCGACGACAGGUGGCAGCUCUGAUAACUGUUGAUUAUGAUGGUGAGAGACUAUGUCCGAUAGGCUCCGAGCGCUCCGAAACUUUGUCGGAUCGAUGUCCGAUCGACGAUGCAGCCCCGGCAGCUUUCGCAUUAUUCUAAGAGCGAUCACUCGGUUCCGCCUGGCUUCAAGUCUAAGUGGAAGUGCUAGACGGCAAUAUGAACGCAGGCAACCAUACGUUUAGAACAGUUUUCGCGACUGCGAUCUGCGAUCUGCUACUUAUUGCUUCCUAUUUUCACCCGCCAUUCAAAAUAUAAGAGCUUCUUCGUGUUUAUUUAAAAAUGUCAGCUUUAGUCUGGAUCUGAUAUCUGUCACAAUCGUCUUUGAAACCGGUUGUGACAAACGUUUGGCCCACACCACACCGCGCUGGAUGGCUGGAGCGGGGACAGGGCGGGCUGCGUCGCGCCGGCGUAAGAUAAGUUGUCUACCUCCCAGGCGCUACAGGGCUGUACACGCCUUUUUAGCCAGUUAAUAGUGAGUUCUAGAGUGCCAUUACGUCAAUGUUUUAAUUUCUUUGGAUUCAUUUACAUUUUCACAUUGAACGGCUUGUUAUGUUUACAGAAAUUUUAGUCUUAAUUAAGGCACUACUAUCUCAUGGUGACACAUUGACUGGCUUAUUGGUACUCAGUAAAUUAAUGUGAAGUGCAGUUCUUUAUAUGACUGUUGUGUUGCAGAGCGAACCUAUUUAUUGAUUUAAUGCCCCUUAAAUAUGUGUAAUUUACUGAAAGCUGCUGAAUAAAAUAAUGUAAUCUCAUGAUUCCAGCUUUCAUCCCCGUGAUAAGUAGAUGAUGUUAACAGUUUCUGUUGCAAAAGGAUACUCUCUAAGUUCUCUGUGGCUGUGUUAGUUUUAAGGUGACAGCAAUGACGCCAAUGUAAUGUCAAACUUCUACUUGCGUUUGUUUAGCAAAUGUGUUUUCUAUUGUAUACCUUGUUUUAUUAAUAAAGUAAGAUAAAAAAGAUA